AUGAAGGCUUCCGCCUUGCUUGUCUCAUGGCACAAUGACAAUGCCCCCAUUUAUUCGGUGCAUUUUGACCCCAAUGGCAAGGGUCGUCUAGCAACUGCAGGAAACGAUAAUAACGUCCGACUCUGGAAAGUCGAAUCCACUGGGGAGGAAAGAAAAGUCACAUACCUGAGUACACUUUUAAAGCAUACACAGGCUGUCAAUGUUGUCCGUUUCAGUCCAAAAGGUGAGAUGCUGGCAUCUGCCGGAGAUGACGGCAAUGUCUUGCUCUGGGUCCCAUCGGAACUUCAGGCACAGGCUGGCCUCGGAGAAGACCGGUCCGAUGACAAGGAAACAUGGCGAGUGAAGCACAUGUGCCGGUCAUCUGGAGCCGAGAUCUACGAUUUGGCCUGGUCGCCCGACGGUGUGUUCAUCAUGACCGGAAGUAUGGAUAACAUUGCUCGGAUUUACAAUGCGCAAAAUGGCCAAAUGGUACGACAGAUCGCAGAACAUUCUCAUUAUGUUCAAGGCGUCGCAUGGGAUCCGCUCAACGAAUUUGUGGCAACCCAAUCCUCUGAUCGAUCCGUCCAUAUCUACAACCUGAAAACCAAGGAUGGCCAAUUCACUUUGACCUCCCACGGCAAGGUCCUCAAGAUGGAUCUACCUGCCAAACGAAUCUCAUCUAGCAGCCCUGCGCCAGAGCCGAUCAAUCGCCACCAACAUAACACCAGCAAUUCGCUUGCAAUCGCUUCCCCUGCGCCAUCGACCCCAGGAACGCCGAUGGCAUCGAAUCUUCCAAUGGACCCUCCUCCUGUUUCGCAAAGUCGCCGUUCCUCUUUCGGUUCAUCACCAUCGAUUCGACGAUCGGCAUCUCCCGCUCCAUCUCUUCCAUUACCUGCUGUUAAGCCCUUGGAGGUUUCUUCACCAAGCCUCCUUGGAGGACUUGGAGUGAAGAAUGCUAGCAUUUACGCCAAUGAAACUUUUACCUCAUUCUUUCGGCGACUCACUUUUGCACCCGACGGAAGCUUGUUGUUCACUCCAGCUGGUCAAUUCAAGACCACUCAUGUCUCACCUACCGAUCCCUCUAAGACAACGGACGAAGUCAUCAACACAGUCUACGUCUACACCCGAGCUGGCUUUAAUAAACCUCCAAUUUCCCACCUCCCGGGCCAUAAAAAGCCGUCUGUUGCUGUCAAAUGCUCUCCGAUUUACUAUGGGCUGAGGGAAGGCACGCAACCAGUGAAACAUCUCACUGUGGAUACCUCGACUGAGGAGUCAAUGUUCCCUCCAUUACCAGGCCCAGUCGUCUCACAGCCCCCACCAUCCUCAGCUCCCUCGGGUGGCGAUACCGGACGGCCUCAAUCAUCACAGAAAUCCGAUGGUAGCAGCAACGACUCUAGCUCAGGAGCACCUGUUUUCGCGCUUCCAUAUCGCAUUGUGUAUGCUGUAGCCACGCAAGACGCUGUCCUGAUCUAUGAUACUCAACAGCAAACACCGUUGUGUGUGGUUAAUAAUUUGCAUUUUGCAACCUUCACCGACUUGACUUGGUCGAAUGAUGGUUUGACAUUGAUAAUGAGCUCUUCCGAUGGCUUCUGUUCUGCUCUUUCAUUCGCACCCGGAGAACUUGGCCAGCCUUACACAGGAUCCACUUCAGUUGCUUCCAAUCAUGCUCGCCCAAGCACCCCUUCGACCAAUGUCACACCUUUGCCAACUCCUACUCAUACUUCGUCCCCUGUGAAGGCUGUCCAUCAUCCAAUCAACAACGGGAGCUCCCAGGCGCCCCCAGCCAGUCCUGCACGAUCCAACUCAGCGUGCUCGGUCACAACCCAGUCAUCUACUCAGCAGGCUAACACUGUGGUGAACAACCCAACACCGACCCUGGGGUCUGUUCCACUGGUGACAGCCACGCACUCUGCGCAACCCUCGACCCUCCCACUCACCACCCCACCGCAGACGCCUCUCCCAACAGGCUCACAUGGAAGUAACAAUGUCCAUUCAGUCAGUGUUCUUGGAAAGCGUGAUACGAGACAUGCCAGCGAGUCCGAAAAGGAUGAGGGCAAGGGUCUAGAAGCUACUCUGGCCCAACCGCCGAAGAAACGUCGAAUUGCCCCAACGCUGGUCUCAGCUAGCACUGACAAAGCGUCGGCAUCCAAAGAUACUACCGAGAACACAGGGACCGGUGGCUAA